AUGGAUCCUGAGGAAUUAGAACUACAGAAUGACUACCGAUACCGUAGCUAUGCAGCUGUCAUUGAGAAGGCGCUGCGAAACUUUGAGUCUUCGAGUGAGUGGGCAGAUCUCAUCUCCUGCCUUGGCAAGCUCAAUAAGGCCCUACAGAGUAACCUUCGCUACUCCCUCUUGCCUAAGAGACUGAUCAUAGGGAAGCGUCUCGCCCAGUGCCUGCACCCGGCUCUGCCGAGCGGAGUACACCUCAAGGCUCUGGAGACCUACGAGGUCAUUUUCAAAAUCAUCGGAACAAAAUGGCUGGCCAAAGAUCUGUUCAUAUACAGCUCAGGAUUGUUCCCACUGUUGGGCCAUGCAGCCAUGGCAGUGAAGCCUGUGCUGCUGACACUGUACGAGCGUUACUAUCUCCCGCUGCAGAGGGCUUUGCUGCCCAGUCUUCAGGCGUUCAUAACAGGACUACUGCCGGGCCUGGAGGAAGGACUGGAGGUUUACGACAGGACUGAUGUGUUGCUGCUCAAGUUGUCACUGCUGGUGGGUCAGCAGGUCUUCUAUGGCACCCUGUGGGGCAGUAUGCUGGUCAGCCCCAUGGUGCGACUACCCGCCUCGGUCUUUAUAGUCACACAUUUUGACCGCAUGGCGUCCCUGCACCAGCAAACACACAUGCUAGGCUACGACCAUCGGCUGGUGGUGAAGUCGGUGUGUCUUUCUCUGCAAGAUUCAAAUGUCCUGGUGCAGAGGAACAUGCUUGAAAUUCUGCUCUACUUUUUCCCCUUUGCUAAAUGCCUGGACCCAGCGGAGGGCAGUAUUGCUGUGAGUGUCGAAGACAUGAUCACAGUGGUGUCUGCAGCCUCACUUACGCUGCUCCGCAGAGACAUGUCCCUCAACAGACGCCUCUACGCCUGGCUCCUAGGGCUAGACAUAAAAGGAGGAAUGGUGACACCACACCCAACCUUCUCCACUACCACAGAGGAACAUACAUCCUUCUACUUCAGCACCUACUCUAGAGAUUUCCUCGUGCAGGCUCUGAUAAACAUCCUCAAACAGAAGAGCGACCCAGAUAAUGUGACUGGAUGCCUCAGGCCGUUUCGCAUCAUCAUCAGUUUGCUGGAUAAACCGGAGAUAGGUCCAGUGGUCUUGAGCAGUGUGUUGUUGGAGGUGAUCCGAGCCUUCUACAGCCACUGUCGAGAGAUGCUGGGGGAGGAAAUCAUCACCAGUUCAGAGCUCUCAGGCAACCAGCUAGCCAGUAAGAUAAAAGGGAAUAAGAAUGCAUCAGAGAUCAUAAAGACGGUGAAUAUGCUUGUGAGCUCCAUCAACAGUGAAUACCUGUGGGAGUACAUGACCCGGCGCUUCUGCACUUCUCUCAGUGAAAAAGAUGACCCACCAACACCUCCUCAGCAGGACCGCAGUCACCCUGCCCCGUCUGUCACCGAAAUGUCCAAUCUCAUAAUUUUCCUGCUUGACGUUCUUCCUCUGGAACUCUAUGCUGACAUCCAGUCCCAGCUCCUCCCUGAGAUGCUGGGCACCAUGUUGCGGACGCUGCGCAGCCACAUGGACUCUGUUAGCCUGGAAGAUGUCACACAGAGUCUACGUGCCUGCUUCAAGGUCUUGAGUAAGAUCCAGAUGCCUGUGGCCUAUAUGGACGUUGAGGAAGGGGCACACGCAGCGGACGUGGAGUUACAGUCGCCAGAGGAGGAAAGCAAACCGACCCAGGAUAUGGAGAAGGAGGAAAAGACAGACGGUGGUGUUGGUCAGGUUAAUGGUCACCAUGGAGAUGAAGAGCUGAACGGAGAUAGUAGAGAUGAGGCAGAUCCUGCAAAUGGUGUUUACCCAACACUCAGGUCUGAAGACAGUGGAUUGGGCAUCAGCGCCUCACCGUCGGAGCAGCACCUCCCCCCAGGGAUGGCAGCUGAGGGAAAUGCAAUUUGUAAAGAAAGCGAGAGAGUGUGGAGGAGUGGAGGCAGUGUAGACACCAUGACCCAGUGUCUGCAGGACAUCCUGGCCUUCAUAACCACAAGAUACUUGCUAGUGCAAGUGGAGGAUGUCAGGGAACCAGAGGAAGAACCCCAGCCAGAUGUAACUGCUGCCUCUGUGGAACAGAAGACUUUGAUGCAGAGCAUAGGGGGACAGGAAAUUAAAGACAAACUGACUGAACUGUUUACUCCAAACAAACUUAAACCCCGCACUGCACCUGACGCCCAGCUCUCAGCAUCCCCCACGGAGAAGAAAAAGGAACGUGGGCAUUCGGGGUGUCUGGACUGGGCGACUUGCUACAUGCCCCGGAGCAGGGCAGAGAUCUCUGAGGCCUGUCGACAGGCCUUCACCGCCACCUGCAACCUGCUGCUUGAGUGCACCACCUUCCCUGUCUACUUAAGUGAAGAGGAGGCUGUGUCUCUCCACACAGACAUGUUUGGUCACACAGGCAGGGAUGUGGAAAGCCUACCAGUGUGGUUGAGGUCCUUGAUGACCCUGUGCUGCCUGUCCAGGGACUACAACAUCCAGCACACAGCAGUGGCCUCCCUGUUGGAACUCAUCAACCACUCCCAGUCGUUAGCACUGGUCAUACAGGACAAGCACAGACGCUACCAGUCAUCUGACUCCAACCCUCUGAGUGGGCAGUUGCAGAUGGUCACUGUGCCACCCAUCUACCCUGCUCUGCUUCAUGCCAUAGAGCAGGGCACAGAUUUCUACCAGAGGGUGUCCCAAGUACUAUGGAGCCAGCUGGACACAGAGCGGAGAGAGCAGCACAUUUCCUGCGUGGAGCUCUUCUACAGGCUUCACUGUUUGGCUCCUUCAGCGUUCAUCUGUGAAGACAUCAUCUGCCAGGCGCUAUUGCACAAAGACAAGGCUGUUAGGCUGGAAGCACUGCACCGCUUCACAAUUCUAUGGCACCUGACCCGGGAGGUCCAGACCAACAGGAGCAUGUCUCUCAAUCGCUCCUUCGACCGGUCUCUGUGUGUUGUGGUGGACAGUCUGAGCUGCACAGAUGGCUCAAUAAGUGCAGCAGCUCAGUGCUGGCUGGUCAGGGCUCUUUCCCUCAACGAUGUGAUUCGGAUCCUGGAGCCUAUUCUGUUUUUGCUGCUUCACCCCUCCACUCAGCGCUGCUCCAUUCAGAGCAUCAAACAAAAUCUCACUGCUGGUAAUCUGAAGGUUCUAAGCAGCAGAAGUCGAAGCUCCACCAAAACUUCUGGGACAUCUGGGGAUGCCAUGGCGACAGAGGUCACCACCUUAAAUCUCAUGAACAUUGUGGACCGGGAAUCCCUGUGGGCAGAGUUGGACAGUGGCCCGGAGUUGGCAAAACCACCGGAAACGUUAGUGUUAUCUAGGAGUGAGAGUGAAGAGACAGAGGAGGAGGAGGAGGAGAGAGCGCAAGAGGAUGAGGAGGAGGAAGAGGAAGCCGAAAGUGAACACACGGAGUCAGCUGACACCAGUGGUGCCCAGGUAUCCACUGAGAACUCCAGCUCAGGCUCUGUGCCUUACCCGGGCAUUGAGGAAGGAGGUGUGGUCAACGGCCUGCGUAGGGCAGAGUCCGAGCACACACAGGCAUCUGAUUCACUGUCAAGUGAGGAUGAGGAGGAUUUAGAGCUAGAGGCCAUGGCCAGGUCUCGUCUGUUAAAACGGGAGCGUGAGAAGAGAGAGGCCAUCGACUCUCUGUUCCGCCAUGUGCUGCUGUAUCCUAUGGCGGGCGGCUGGCGCCAUCUCCUUCAAGGCUUGGCACUGCUGGACAGCCUGCUGAGGAGCAGUGCUGAGUGCCCUCUGGUGGAGUCCCUCUCCUACACCUCUCUGGACACGAGCUCUGCUGCACAUUUAAACUUGGUCUCCAACCUUCUUCAACGGCACCAACAGGCUCAGGAUGGUCACGGCUUCUACGGCUGCAUGCUUUCCCCUUCGUCCUCCCCCUCUGUGCCCCCAUCCCUGCUCAUUGAACUGCUGGUGUCCCUGUGUCUGCGAUUCCUGCGCUCUCAAUACCCUUCCUAUCUAAGUCUGGGCCAUCUUGACCUCCAGGGGAACAGGGAAGUGCAGGUGAAGAGCGUGGAGGUGCUGACCCGGAUGGUGAACCAGCUUGGUUGCAUGGCACGGAGACAAGAGGGCAAUGAAGCCAGUAUGGAGCCCAUCCGCAGACUCCUCACAGGAUGUAAAGUGCAGCAAUAUGCUCUGCUUACACUUUCUGCCUCCAUGUAUGUCAGCCAGAGGGGAACAGACAAGGGACCACCCAAGGGUGUGGAGCUGCUGGAUGAACAGGGAGGCCUGUCAGAGGAGAGUCUAGUGAAUCUUGGAGCAGGAGGGGGUCAGGAACAGUACCCCUUACAAAUGGAAUUACUAAAACUCCUCCAUGCUCUAAUAGUCCUGGAGUACCAUGUGUGGCCUGGUGGGGCUGUCUCAGCAGCUGGGUCAGGUGGAGCAUCUGGCCAGCCCACGGAGCCUCGUGAAUCCCCAACUGCCAGCACCCCCCUUGCUCGUGAGUGGCAAACUGCAGUUCUUUUUCAGCAGUCCAUCAAGGCAGCCCAGUACGUCCAAAGCCACCCCAUCACAGCCCAAGGAAUGUUUGUUUCAGCCGCGGCCAGGGCUCUGCAGCCACAGUACGGCUAUGCCAUGCACCCCCACUGGGUGUCACUGCUGUGCUCCUCUCUGCCAUACUUGGGUCGGUCAUUAGGCAUCAUUGUGGCUCCACUCAUCAGUCAGAUCUGCAGGAACUUGGAUGAGCUGGUCAAGCUUUACGAGCAUGACGGAGGAAAGAUAAGUCAAAGCCUGAGUGGGAGGAGAGAGAACAUUGCCCCUGACUACCCUCUGACCCUGCUCGAAGGCCUGACCGCUAUUACACACUAUUGUCUGUUGGACAACAAGAGGUCCUUGGUCGCCUGCGAUCCUGUGGAUGUCCGUAAUGCACGCAAUGCUGUGAUCGAAGCACUACCGCACAUGCUCAGUAGUAUGGCAUUGUUAUGGGGUGUGGUCAUGAGGGAGGAGUUUCAAAGGCGGGCAUCUGACUCUGCCCAGAGCAGCAGACACACUUCUACCUCUGUCUACUUUAAAAGUACCAAGAUCUUACGGCAGCGGAUACUGGAGUUCCUGGUCCCUCUGACUGGGCAGUAUGGAGUUCAGCUCAUGGCUUCAGUGGGAGCAGUGUGGAGCAGUAGGAAGAGUAAAAGGAGACACAAAAACAAAGUUUUACCUGUGGCCAGUGAGGCUCGUCUAACCAUUGUGGAUCUGGUGAAAUCACUGAACACCUUGCACACAGAUACUAUCCUACACUUGAUCAAGGAGGUGGUGAAAAAACCACAUCAGAUCAAAGGAGAACAGAGGUCAACUCUGGUAGACAUCCCCAUGUUACAGUUCAGCUACGCCUAUGUCCAGAGUAUUCCACCUCAGGCUCUGCAGGAAAACAUGACUCCUCUCCUCAGUCUGCUACGGGAGUCUGUUCAGCUCAACCUGGCUCCGCCUGGGCACUUUUUACUGCUGGGAAUCCUCAAUGACUUUGUCAAUAGGCUCCCCAACCUGGACAAUAAGAAGGACACUAGAGAUCUGCAGGAGGUGACUCAGCGGAUCCUCGAGGCAGUGGGUGGCAUCGCAGGGUCAUCAUUGGAGCAGACCAGUUGGCUCAGCCGCAGUCUUGAGGUCAAAGUUCAGCCACAGGUGUGCCCUGAAGCAGACGAACCAGAUGACGCCGACGUGGAGGGUGACCAUUAUGAGUCAAUGGCUCAAGCUAGCACAAUGGUUUCCUCUUCGGCUCCCUCAGUUUACAGUGUGCAAGCUCUUGUGCUCCUGGCUGAGAUCUUGGCACCACUUCUGGACAUGGUAUACCGCAGUGAUGAGAAGGAGAGAGCUGUUCCUCUCAUUUCUCGGCUCAUGUACUAUGUUUUCCCCUACCUGAAGAACCAUAGUGCCUACAACAUGCCCAGCUUUGAAGCGGGUGCUCAGUUGCUGAGCAGUUUGAGUGGGUACGCCUAUACCAAAAGGGCGUGGAAGAAAGAGGUAUUUGAGCUCUUCAUGGACCCCCUCUUCUUCACCAUGGAUGCCUCCUGUGCUCCCAGUUGGAAAUCCAUUACUGACCACCUACUGACUCAUGAGAAGACCAUGUUUAAAGACCUCCUGAGCAUGCAGAGUGGCUCACUGAAACUGUUUACUAAUACAGACCAGAAACCCAUGCUGCUGAAGCGCCAGGCAUUUGCCCUGUUCAGCGGCGAACUCGACCAGUAUCAUCUGUAUCUGCCCCUCAUCCAAGAGCGUCUCACUGAGGCUUUGCGUAUGAACCCUAGCGCUGCUGUUUCAGCCCAGAUGUUCCUCAUGUUUCGUGUUCUCCUGUUGCGGAUUUCAUCCCAGCACCUCACGUCACUUUGGCCAAUCAUGGUCACCGAACUGAUUCGUAUAUUUGUACGUCUAGAAAAAGCUCUGCAGGCAGAGAAAGACGUCUCAAAGCUGGCUAAAGUGGUGCGCGGAGCCCUCGAUAGAAAUGGACCAGUGAAUUUCUCUCCGGCAGAGUUGGACAUGUACCUGUCAGCCUGCAAGUUUCUGGACACCUCCCUGGCUUUUCCUCCAGAGAAACUACCACUCUUUCAGAUGUACCGUUGGGCAUUUGUCCCUGAAGUGGAUGUGAACCGUUACGGUGGCCCAGAGACUGCACUGAUAGAAGGCGAGCAGGAAUGCACACCCCAUGUUGUCAGAGCACUGGAAGCAAUACAACAGCGAUAUGGGACACUGAACGGGCUGAGUGAGGAAUCUUCCACAGAGCAUUUGGAGUUCCCCCUCCUCACUCAACGCUCCUUGUCCUCCAUUACCCAGCUGUUGCCUUUCCUUCGCACCCUUUGCUGUUCCUUCCAGGGCCCUGCCCCCUACAGCCACUCAAUGUCCCACUUCCCAGUAGCAGACUACCCACCAGCCAGUUCAGACACAGUCCUGAAGAGGCUGGAGCAUAUCACUGAAGAAGAGUUCCUGGACCCCAUGGAGAGUUAGAACUCAAGCAUGAAGCUUUCAUGAACUAAUACCUCUUAAGCUUUUUGACCUGCAGCCAUACGCGUGGAAUACAUAAAAAAAAAAUAUAUAAAAAUAAAAAAAUAGGUAAUGUUGUAUUGUGGGCAAGAAAAAAAGGAAAUGUGGUAGGAAUGGAAUUCAGUUUUUAUUAACAUUUUAACUUGUCUCAUCCCCACAAAAAUACAUGAACCCCUGAACUGCUUUCACACUGAAUCUGUACUGGAAAAAACAAUGGACUUAAUUAUUUCAAUGGGCUCCUUGAAUGAUAAGUAUUCAUUGCAAAUCCCUGUAGAAUGCUUAAUUCUCUCUCAAGGAGAAGUAUCAUCUCAGUUGCACAAUAUUACACAUUGAGAUUGUGUCAUAGUGUCUAAUCUCUUUGCAUUAUAUACUUUUAGACAAAAAAAAGCUACCACUAAAAUUAUAUUAUGCAAACCAACUUAAAUGAUUACCUAUUGUUAUUAUAAGGCAUGCACCUUAUACUAGCAGUAGUUCCAGUAAAGAUGUUUUAGAUUGACAGCACACAGCAGAUUCACUGUGAAGAACCUCGUUAACCAUCGAUAAUGUGUUCUUCUUUUCCAUAACCUCUGGUUAACCACACUGUCUAGUAUACUUAUGUCUGUCUGACUCUGAGAAUGUAAAGACUACAGAAUAGCCUGCAGAGCACUGUUGUAGAGGUACUUUCUCUUUGUUAUUGGAUACAUCAUAAUGGGACCUCAAGAUUUAUGUUUAGAGUUUUAUGAGUAAGUUACUGAAUGUGAUUUGUGUACAUCAGGAGAACCCUUUGAAAUAUUAGUGGGUGUGUUUCGCUAAUUGCACACUUGCAAUUUUUGGUGUUCAAGGGAAAUCCGCUGUUCUUUGUAGUUGUUCAUGGAUAGUUUUUAAAACUGCCUGUUUUUUUUCCACAGUGCUGAAUGAUUGUGUAAUUUAUUUUGGAUGUUUAAAGGACCAUGUCAAGUUUUGAAUUAAUCAAAAGAAGACUCAUUAAUAAAAUAUUAAGUUGAA